AUGUCUCCCCACGCUAUUCGUCCAGAGGCACUGGGCCAAGAGCAGACAGACCUGUCCAAAUAUGCCGUCUCAAGAAACGCCUUUCUCCCCGAAGACAGCCCCCCAAAGAUGUUAUCGGAUCCGUACUAUGAGCCGUGGGAACUUGUCGCUCACAAUCUGCCAGAGCUGAUCCAGGCUGGCCGUAUCCACGACGCCAUCAGGGAACUUCCGAUCCUAUCAACUGACGGCUUCAAAUCCGAAGCUGAAUGGCGGAGAGCCUAUGUCAUCCUGUCUUUCUUCGCACACGCAUACAUCUGGGGCGGAGAUGUCCCCGAACAGAUCCUGCCACCUUCAGUGACCGUUCCGUAUCUCCGUGUCUCCGCUCAUCUUGAGCUGCCCCCUACCUUGACCUAUGCCGGCGCCAAUCUUUGGAACUUUGCCUGCGACGGAGAGGACUUUACCAACCCAGAGACGCUCAGUACUUUGUUGUCCUUUACCGGAACCGAAUCCGAGUCCUGGUUUCUGCUCAUCAGCGUUGCCAUGGAGGCCAAGGCCUCUUCCAUCAUUCCCAUCAUGACUCGCGCUAUCGAAGCGAUCAAGACCCACGACUAUCAGGUCAUCAUCAAAGCAUUGGAAGCGCUGAAAUCACACAUCGAAGAGGUUGGGGUUCUCCUGGAGAGAAUGCACGAGCGCUGCGAUCCCAUGACCUUCUAUCACCGGAUCAGGCCAUUCCUUGCCGGUAGCAUGAACAUGGAGGCCGCUGGCCUGCCCAACGGUGUCUUUUACGACGAAGGAAACGGAAAAGGCGAGUGGAGGAAGCUCAGGGGCGGAAGCAAUGGCCAGAGCUCACUCAUUGCGUUUUGGGACAUUGUCCUCGGCGUCAUUCACAACGGCCACUCAGAUAGCAAGAGGAGCUUCCAUGAAGAGGCCAGAGAUUACAUGCCGGGCCCUCAUGCGAGAUUCCUGGUGCACGUGGCUCGCCUGGGCAGCAUCCGCAAGCUUGCACUUGAUCUUGAAGAUCCUCUGCAGGAAGAAGAGCACCUCCUGAGGGCGGCUUAUACGUCUGCAGUGGAGACUUUUACUGCGUUCCGACAGAAGCACAUCAACAUCGUGACGAGAUACAUCCUCAUCCCCUCCAAGCAGCCGUGGACCGGAUCGACUCGCGUGAAUCUGGCAAGUUCGUCAACGGAAAAGGGGGGAGAGGGACUUACGGGCACCGGAGGCUCCCAGCUCUUCCCGUUUCUGAAGCAGUCGAGAGACGAGACUAGUGUUGCGGGCAAGCUUGAGACUUCGAAGCCGUGA